AUGGUGCGUACGAUUGCAGUAGUUGUGCUCGCUGUGCUCGCCUUUCUUGUUGCGUCGGCAGCCUCGUCCAAUCCUAUGUGCUGCAAAGACUAUCUUUCAUGGGGCUCGCAGAACCAGAUCAACGGGUGCUCUUCGGAUCAGAACAGUGACUGCAACUCGUGGUGCGAGACCUCCUGCCGCGGCGGCGAGUGCAAGUUCCGCAGUGGCCACCACAAGUGCCACUGUUACUGCUGA